ACAGCCAUGGUCAGAAGUCAGUGUGCAGUCAAGUAGCUUCCUAUUGGUCAAUACAGUGGGUGUAUAGUGCCUGUUGGACUGCCAGCUGAGAGGACCCAGGGUACAGGGGAUGUUUGCUGACUGAAGUGGAACAGCCUCAACAACCACUGGGGCUACCGCAGCGCGAUCGCUUCCACAGCAGACAAAAGAGAAGAACUCCCUGUAAUAGCAGAGGAGGCCGACAUCACAGCCUAGAUACCCAGUGGAUACCCCAUCAAGGGAAGGCUAAUUGGCUGUAACCUGGAACACCAGACUUCCAUUCUCCAGGCGGAUAUGCUAGGUGUGGAUACUCACAGAAGGCAUGUGUAGAUAUUAAGGAUUCCUUGAGGACAGAUUACCAGAUUAUCCCUGUUUAGCACAGUUGUCACUUAUAGCUGACCUACACAGGAAUCUUAACCUCUUCUUUCAGGACUACUGAAUACACUGUGAUUAAAUACAGGUGCUGAGUUUGUCCAGGUUUCCUUAAGGCAACUGAAAUUUAGCUGACCCAUUUGAAGAAAAAAAAAAAAAAAGGCUUAAUUACCUUGACCUGCCUUGUUCUAAGUUGAUUAAAGAUCUGGAGUUAAUAAUGGAACAGCAAUUUCUAUUCUUAGUAUAGGUAAGGAUUUUUUUUGUUAUUCUUUAUGAUUUGGCUGCCCAAGGGUGACUGUAAAUAGUUGUGAGAGGGUGCCAUCCUCAGUCAGCGGCAAUAGCUCCAGGGUGAAUUAGGUUAGCUAGCCCAGCUCAUCCCACAGAAGGCAUACCAGUACAGGUGGGCUGGUUGUAUUACCAUACCUGUAAACCUAACACUUGGCUUGUUUCAUACAGCACAGAAGUCAGUUUGUCAGCACUGCAUAAAGAUGCACUGACCAGCGGCUCGAGAGGACAAACUGUUAAUGCCACCUGUCGGGACUGCUAGCAUAGGUAUACCUCUCCUCUGUAGGCUGUAAGAUACAUCUUAGCCUCAAUUAGCAAGAGCCACUCACAAACCUGUUUACACACUACCUUUGAUUGCACUGUCAGGUGCUAAUGUCAUAAAGUGGUGUUGAGUAGGAGACUUUUAUUGAGUGUGUGUAACAGAUGUGAUCAACAGCAGCCCUACUAAACAAUAGCCUGCAACCUCUUGCCUGAUUACGCUGUUUGUUUUGUGCUCCUAUAACAGAUUUUCCAGGUAACAGUUUGCCUGUAUGUGGAUUACAGGCCCAUUCUUGCGUAAGCUAAGGGUGGAAUUCAGCGUCGAUCCUGUUAUACAUUUAACAGAAACCAGCAGUCAAACGCUUCAUUCUGAGAUUAUCAACAGUCGAUCCUUCCACAGCUUUGACAACAAUGUCCAACACAGCUACUAUUUUCACCACCUGCUAACUUCUGGCUGAUUUCCCUUGGAUGAUCAGACUAACCAGUGCAAAGAGCCGAGCGCUCACUCGAGUACGUGUUCUUACCCAUGUGCGAAAUCAUUUCCUGGAGUUAGUCCUGUUGGAUCAACACAGGCUCCCUUAUGAAAGCUGAUUUCCCUUACCAGGCCUACAAACCUGCCAGCAUGGCUGAGACAUUCCACACCCCCAGUUUUGGAGAUGAGGACUUUGACCUAGCUCCCAUGGGAAUGGGCAUACAACAGGUGUCUGAGAAUGUUGCCCAAUCAAUGCAGGAGAACACCUUUCCCUCGGGUCAGGCUUUAUCCCGUACGGGUGGGAACUUGAUGGACUUGGACACUAUGAACCUUACCCAACCAUUGUCCCACCCCCCUAACAUGGCACGGCAAAACUGCUCCCCGACCACUCAGAACAUUCCGCCUGCACGUCACAUGACAGACGCCAUCAUGGUUCCAAAAUUCCCUCCUCCGAACUUUGAGGUACCGGAUAUCAGUCUGUCCAAUAGUGUCAUGUCGACCGCCAGCAACAGUACCAUGCUUUCGUCAGUUUCCAUGGCAACGUCUAAUAGUUAUUCACUAGGAGGAGCACCAACGACACUGUCGACAAUGGGCAUGAUGGGACAGCAGCCAUUGAUGACCAUCAGCCAAUCACAGAUCAGUUCACAGUUAGGGUUUCAGUCAGUUGUCAAACAGGGCUCCCCAGCGGGUUCCCACUCCACCCACACAUCCAGCCCCAGUCAGAGCAGUGAAGACAGUGACGAUAGUCUACCACUAGCACAGUUGGCUGGAGGCUUGAAAAGAACAGCCGCUCCAACUCCUAUUAAGCCAGCAGAAACCACCACGAAAAAACAGAAAGUUCCUAAAAAGAAGAAAAAGAAAGACCCAAAUGAGCCACAAAAGCCUGUGUCAGCCUAUGCUUUGUUUUUCCGUGACACACAAGCAGCCAUCAAGGGACAGAACCCCAAUGCAAGUUUUGGCGAAGUUUCAAAAAUUGUGGCUUCCAUGUGGGAUGGGCUGGAUCCAGAUCAUAAAAAUGUAUACAAGAAAAAGACAGAAAAUGCAAAGAAGGAUUAUCUUAAACAGCUGGCUGCUUACAGAGCAAGUUUAGUUUCCAAGCAAGCAGUGGAGCAUGUGGAUCCCACACCAACUGACAAUCUUCAUCCAUCACAGAUGGGCAACAAACAGAUCCUGCCUAAUCCCAUGACCACCAUGCCAGGGGGGAAUAACUCCAUGGCUCAAGGGAUGAUGUCACCCAUGGUUAUGCCCCCUCCACAACAAAUGCAGCAGGACAUGAUGGGUUACCAUGGUAACUCCAGUCCAAUGCUGCAAACGAUAGCGCCGAGACCUCCCCCAACACUAGAGCCGAUGGUACCUACGUCAGAGCCCAUGAUGAUGUCACAGGGUUAUAUGAACCAGCACCCUGGAGUCCGACUAGAUGGACGGAUCACAAGCCCAGGGAGAUGUGUGCGGGAUGGCUGUACCAAUCAUGUGAUAGAAAACCCGGGAUGGGACAACGAAUACUGCAGUAAUGACUGUGUGGUCAGCCAUUGCAGGGAUGUCUUCACUGCCUGGGUGGCCUCCAAUAGACAAGGGACGUACGCACCGGUGAAGUGAUGACUGACUUGGGCCGUGUCUGUACAAGGAAACUGGUGCCUUGUCCCGGAUGCCUGACAGGACAAGAUGACAGAAUGCUGUUGACAUUCCUACGACUUCCCAAAUCAAAACCAGAUAAAAGUGCCUGGCAGUCAGUGUUGAUUGUUUCCAAACACGAUGUUUUGAAUUGAUGUAAAAAUGCAACUGUCAGUUGUGGCGUAUGACUUUAUUGGACAGUUAUACCAGACCCUCACAGUUGUUCAUAAAACAUUUUACUGAACUAUUCCGUGACAGAGCUUUAUUUUUGUACAAAGGGAGUACCAAGAGCAGACAACUCCGCAUGGAAAUAUUAUGGACUUAAUGCCUUAAGGAUGUGUUGAGCAACGAGUGCAUUUUUUUUUCUUUUGUUUUUUUGUUUAAACAUUAUUUAAAGUCAUUGAACAGAAAGGGAAAUGUACAGGAGGAGAAGUACGGAAUUCUCAGACCUAUAUUGUGAAGUAGUUGCUCUUCACGACCAACUCGGCAUGAAUGAAUCAAAUGUCAUCAUCAUUUGAAUUGUUUUACAUAUAAAGAGAUUCAACUUUUUCUUUCCAUAUUUAGUCACUAUAUUUGGGGCAGUGGUGCUUCAAGCUUUAUGAAUUAGAAAAUUUUAUGCUUUGUUACCAGUAGGCUUGAAUGAAUUGAUCUUAUUUUAUAUUGUAUGAAAAAAAGGAGACACUGUUGUCAGCUGGAAAAUUUCAUGAUUGUUAUUUAUGUUAGAAAUGUUUACAUUUAAGUGUAAAAACAAGGGAUAGGGAAAUUGUUUUCUAUGCUUAUUCUGUUGUUAGCUUGGUAAUGAGUUUUUUGUGCUGACCACUAUAAUUGUUAACUUUUGGCCUGUAUGCAUGUGCUUGUGUUCUGUUCACCUGAAGAUCCCUUUAUCAUCAUUUACUUUCCAUACCUCAAACUCACAUGAACUAGCUGUGCUUUCUGCUAGACAUGAGCGACUGUUUCUAAGUUUACCAUCUUCGCAUGUCUUUGAUGUGGGAAGCUUGUGGUUUCUUGAUUCUCAUGACAGUAACUGUUCUCUGUCACGGUCAAGACGACCCCUCAUCACAGUUAAACUUUUUGACAGAUUUACUAGGGCAAACGCAGUUAAAUAUUAAUAAACUUCCAAAAGUUUAUCUCAUCUGUGCGGGAAUGUGUAGUCAAGGCAGUGAAUGAACCAUGAUAUAUGGUAAAUAUAUCUGAUGUUGAUAUUUAAAACUGAACUGCAGUUCUCCAGUAUGCAGUGCCCUAGUUCACAACAUCCUGACAACAGAGCCUUUGUGGCUUUGAGACUUCUACAUUUGGACAAGAGUUUGGUAGAUCUGUGUCACUAGACAAGCAACAGCAUCCACUAAAAUCAUACACUGAUGACACUAUUGUCUAAUAUUAUUAUACUGGGUCAAAACAAAUUCAUAUAAAGGUGGUGAGGCUAUUGCUGACACUUUGCUGUUUACGACGUAUAUUUUGGUGGCAUAUAAUUAAAUCAUUGUCAAAGAAACUAUCUCUGAUCUGUUAGUAUUGCAUUACAUGCAGCAUACUAUGCAAAUUUUCAAAAGCCUAACAGGAAACUUUUGGACUACAUAUACAUUGCAUGGUUCAUUCUGUAUUUUCUUGUGGUUUCUUUGGCAAGUUGAAAUAUUGUGUCAUUGAAAUCAGACACACGCCUUGGGAAAAUCCUGUUACUACCCCUAGCAAAACACACUAAAAAAAUCCACAUCAGUGAUUUCUGUUCGAUUCUUUGGCACUUUGUCAGAUUAAUGCCCUUACCCUCAGCUGAAUGUGCUAUUGAAAAAUUUGUUUAAAGUUAAAGCAAUGGGUAAUCUGUUACUGAUAAAUACAUGUUUUUUCUCCUGUCUUAAUUUGAAAUAUUGUCCACUAUUAUUAUAAAUAAUAAUAUCAAAGUGAUUCAUUGUCCAUUUAAUACUUGUACAGUUCUACUCAAUCACAGAGAAUAGACAUCAAAAGAUAUAACUUUAUUUAUACUGGUGUGGGUUUAACAACCCUCCUUCAAUGCUUUGUGAAUUGAAAGAAAUGCCGCCUUCAGGGGUAAUAUUCUGGAAAUGAUGGCUAAGAUAUGCAAUAUGCAAUCUUAGUGAAAUAAUCUUGUUAGAAAUUGGACAGAAGAGCUGUAUAUGCUUCAUUAAAAUUUUACAAUUAUGACAUAAACUUAUUUAACUGUAUUUAUUUUUCAUUCAUUGAGCAAAUAAAUGAUUGAUGUAGAGCAUGCAGAAAAGAU